AGAGGAAGCAGCGCGGGUAGCCCAGGAGCAGCGCUUGCGCGAGGCUGACAGUGCUAUGGUUCUCGAUACCGCUAACGACGAGGAGACAGGCGGUGAUGAUGAUGGCGAUGAUGGUGAGGAUAGUGAUGGUUUGGGGUCUGAAGGCGAGUCUGACUCUGGCUCUGAUUCUGGCUCUGGGUCUGGGUCUGGAUCAGACAGUGAUUCCGACGUCGAUUCUGAAUCUGGAUCUGACUCUGCCGCUUCGGGCGAUGAUGCUGAGGACGCUCCUGAGCCUGCAGCCGCGGUCGAGCCAGUUUUCGUCACAAUCAACGGACAGCGUCUUGACAUCACUGACACUGGCAUUGACCCUGAGUUCCUCAGCGCGCUGCCCGACGACCUGCGCAUGGAGGUUAUCCAGGGCCGCCGCGAAGAGCUGCGCAUGGAGCGCCAGGCUGCCGCUGGAAGUGCGGCAGGAGCAGUUCAGACUGGAUCCAGCGCCCGCGACCCGCAGUCAGCGGGCAGCGCUGGCAGCCAGGCUAUCAGCCAGGAGUUCCUCGAUGCCCUGCCGCCAGAGAUCCGUGCGGAGAUUCUCGAGGAGGAGCGCUUGCAGCGCCAGAUGCUGGCCCACCAGGAGAUGCUCCGGCAGCGCUUCGGCGCUAACGCUACUCCUGGCAUGGCAGGUGCUAGCUCUUCUGCGUCUGCGUCUGCGGCCCCGUCCCUGUCACCUGUUGCCACCGCGAUCCAGGAGCGCAUGCGCCUUGGCAUGUCCGGCGGAGCCCCAGGCCCACACUUCUUGCACCAAGGCACGGCUGCAGCUCCCAACAGAGGAGCUGUUCGUGCCGGCGCCAGCGACAGCGAAGAUGAGAAAAAGCAGCGUCUGCGCGAGAAGCGCCGCAAGAAGAUCGCGUCGCGCGACAUCACCACGCAGCUGCUCAGCCGUGCCGAAAUGGCUGCCUUGGCGCGCUUUGUGUUCUUGCCCAGCUACUCCAUGGCCAACUCGGCGGUUGUCAAGACGAUGCAGUAUGUCUGCGAGAACGGCCGCACGCGCUCGCAGCUCAUCCAAUUGAUGUUGUCCAUCCUCGACAGUAACGCCACUACGCUCGCGGAUGUCGACGCCAUAAUCCGCCAGGCGAUCGAUAUGGGCAGUGGGAGCAGCAGCGCUCUGGCAGACCCGCCGUCUUUGGGCGCUUCGGACACGGCUAACAGCGUGGCCGCUCAGGCCAACAUGCUGCUGGGUGCGCCGGCUGUGGCACAGUUUACUGUGUCGCUGGUCCAGAACCAGAGCCCCGAGUUCUCAUUCCCGCUGAGCGAGCUGCAGUCCAACAUCCCUGCCUACCUACCGGCCCAGCGCAGUCUCGAGAUGCUACACACGCUGGCUGCACACAAUCCACGCGCGUCCAUGCACUUCUUGAUCGAGCACCAUUUACUCAAGAGCUUGCAAUCAGGAAAGCAGGUCCAGCGCGGCGGCGAUGAGAACGACGAAGAUAACCACUUCCCUGUAGUUCAUCUGCUCCGCCUGCUGGAGAAGCCCCUGUACUACAGCCAUGGCAACGCGAUCACCGAAUUGCUGAUGCAGCUGCUGUCCACCAUCACAAAGCCCCUGACCACGAUGGUGCGCCGCAAUAGCCAGCUGCAGCAGCAACAAGAGCAGCAGCCCGCCUCAGCCGCAUCCGUACUUGUAUCUGCCCCUGCCAGUGCUGUGGUUCCCUCUGGACCCGCCAGCACGAAUUCGGCUGCGUUCCAGCUUCCAAGAAUCCCGCCACAUGCGCUGCGCGCCAUUGUCAAUGUGCUGGCUGCCGGCGAGUGCACGUCGCGCACCUUCCAGCAUACGCUCAGCCUGAUACAGAACCUGUCGUCUAUGACAGGCGUUCUGACCGUCGUCACCGACGAGCUUGUCAAGCGCGCGUCCGAACUUGCUAGCAGCGUUUGUCAGGAGAUUGCCCAGCUUCUGGAUGUGCUCAAGGAACUACCGGCGCCCAAGGACCAGCAGCCGCAGCAGCUGGGCGGCGAAUCCCGUAGUCAACACGCUCAAUCCAGCGCCGAGGACGGGAACGCUGCCACUCUGCCAGAGCUGCCGUCGGACAUUCUCGACCAGGUGCGUGACAUCACGCUGUCCAAGUUCUCGCCGGCUCCGUCACACCAGUCGCGGCUUUUGCGCCUGCUGAUGGCUAUUGAAUACAUUUCAACCACAGUGGCCAAGCGCCUGGAAGAGAAGCAGCAGAACAAGACACGCCCGGCCAAGCCCGAGGCCGAGUCUGAGCAGCAGGAUGGAGAGGCCAUGGAUGUCGACCCGACCAGCCCUAUCCUUUCUGAGGACGCCCCGUCUGCAGAGCUCUUGCACCUGCGCUCGCUGUCCCUGGGCCACGACGCCCAGUUCCUGCCGCUAUGGGAGGCCACUAGCCGCUGCCUGCAGUACACCAGUGAGUCUGCCGAUCUUGCGCACGUGGCUACAGUGCUCUUACCGCUGAUCGAGAGCUUCAUGGUUGUUUUCAAGCCCGUUGUCGGCGAGAAGACUAUCAAGGCGGCGGAUAACGCGCCGUCGGCGCUGCAGACGUCAGCCUCGUUCCAGUCGCUGCAGCUGGCCACGCCCACCGGGCCGGCCGCGCAGGUGUCUGGCGAGACGUACUUCCAGAACUUCACCGAGAAGCACAAGAAGAUCCUCAACACGCUUGUGCGCAACAACCCGGGCUUACUCAGCGGCUCGUUCUCGCUGCUCGUGUUCAACCCGCACGUGCUGGACUUUGACAACAAGCGCUCAUACUUCAACCAGCGUCUGCACGACGACUCGGCCAGCACGGCCAACGCCGCGCGGCGCAACAGCACGCGCCCAUUGGGCUCAGCGCUGCAGUUGAACGUGCACCGCGAGAGUGUUUUCGAGGACACGUACCACCAGUUUGUUGGCAAGUCGGGCGAGGAGAUCAAGCGCGGCCGCAUCAACGUGCGCUUCUACGAGGAGGAGGGUGUCGACGCCGGCGGAGUUAGUCGCGAGUGGUUCCAGGCGCUCGCCCGCCAGAUGCUGAACCCCAAUUAUGCGUUGUUCAAGCCGUCUGCCGCCGGCCGUGUGACCUACCAGCCGAACCCGCAGAGCUGGGUCAACCCUGAGCACCUGCACUACUUUAAGUUUGUAGGGCGCAUCAUCGGCAAGGCUAUCGUGGACCAGCGCGUGCUGGACGCGUACUUCACGCGGUCAUUCUACAAGCAUAUUCUCGGCCGCAAGGUAGACUACCGCGACAUGGAGGCCAUCGACCCAAGCUACUACAAGUCGCUCGAGUGGAUCCUGGAGAACGACAUCACGGACGUGUUCGACGAGACGUUCAGCAUUGAGGUGGACAACUUUGGCCAGCACCGCGUUAUCGAGCUGAUCCCCGGCGGCCAGGACAUUGCCGUGACAGAGGACAAUAAGGCAGAGUACGUGCGCCUGGUGACCGAGCAGCGACUGUACCGCGCGAUUAAGGACCAGAUCGAGGCGUUCCUGACAGGCUUCCACGAGCUGAUUCCCAAGGAACUGGUGCAGAUAUUCAACGAGCAGGAGGUCGAGCUGCUGAUCAGCGGCAUGCCGGACAUUGAUGUCGACGACUGGCGUAACAACACGGAGUACCACGGCGGGUAUUCGACAAGCUCAGCGCCUGUGCAGUGGUUCUGGCGCGCCGUGCGGUCAUUUGACCAAGAGGAGCGUGCCAAGCUGCUGCAGUUUGUCACGGGUACCAGUAAGGUGCCACUCGAGGGCUUUGCGCACCUGCAGGGCAACCAGGGCGUGCAAAAGUUCCAGAUCCACAAGGACUUUGGCUCUCCUACUAGACUGCCCACGGCGCACACGUGCUUCAACCAGCUGGAUCUGCCCCUGUACGACAACUUUGAAACGCUCAAGUACAAUCUUUUGCUGGCCAUUUCGGAGUGCAGCACUGGGUUCGGCUUUGUGUGAGACAGAUGACGGUAAUAUCCUAACUUUUCCGUUUUUACCUUUUCUCUGUCUUUUUCUUAUCCAUUUUUAAUCUCUUUUUUUCC